GAUGCGGAGACGACAGCUUGGAACGGUACGCAACGCAACGCACACCUCGGUUGGGUGCACAUUGACGCAUCAUGCUCUAGAUGUGCCGCCAUGCCAUGCUGCCAUGCUAGUCCAGACUUCGGGUAAACAAGGAGCAUUCCGCAAUAAUGGAGGACUAGCACACGCUAAGCGUCCAUAGUAGGUCCUAAUACCUCUCCUUACUAGGUAGCGAGAAUUACUCGCUCGCUCCUAAUCGUCCAUAAUGCUUCGCGCUUAGAAGCGGGUGACGGCGAAGGAGAGCGUCAAGAAUAAAACGCCGCCACGGCUCGCGAUCCUUAGAGAUUAGACCGCCGCAAGUGGCGUUGGAGAUUAGGCCUUGGACCUGCAGAGCCACUCCAGCGAGUGAGCGAGUGAAUCGCAACACCGUUAGUCUCGAGAGAGAAGACCCGCGAAGUGCAUGAUUAGAGAUUGUAGCCCGAGCUGGUGUCUCUCGGCACCACUUUCAAAACUCGUAUCUAUGGGCGAUCGAGAGAGGAGACGCGCGGGGUUCAUCCCGGCCCGUUUCGUCGCGGUGCUGCUCCUCGCUGCCGCCGCAGCCGGCGCUCUGCGCCCCGCGGAGGCGGUUCCGCCGGGCAUGCCGCGGAAGCCCGCACACAUCGUGCGGGUGCUGCUGCGACAGAACCGGUUCGGCGCGCGAUGCCUCGACGGCAGUCCGCCGGGGUACUACAUCCGCCGCGGGUACGGCGAGGGGAGGCGGCGGUGGAUAGUGUACCUGCAGGGCGGCGGGUGGUGCCACAACAUGGCGCAGUGCGCGCAGCGGGCCAGCACCGUGCUCGGAUCGUCCAAGUUCUGGCGCGCGCCGUCCGACCCCGGCUUCCAGGCGUCGCUUGAGAAGUACGGCAGCACGUUCACGGGCAUUCUGAGUCGCAACGCGAGCGAGAAUCCGUCGUACCACAACUGGCACGUCGUCACCGUCUUCUACUGCGACGGCGGCGGCUUCUCGGGCACUGCCGGCGCUGUACGCGUUAAUAGCUCCUUCUCGCUGCACUUCGACGGCGCGAGGAUCCUCGACGCUGUGCUUGACGACCUGAAGCUGCGGUGGGGCAUGCGCACAGCCAGGCGCGUGCUGUUCACAGGGUGCUCGGCGGGCGGCCAGGCGGUGUCAAAUGCGUGUGACAUCGUGGCGGACCAGCUGCCGUGGGCCGACGUCAAGUGCCUCAUGGACGGGGGGUUCUUCCUGGAUGGCUCUGACGUCACGGGGCAGAUGUACUUCCGCACCCUGGCCAAGCGGAUGACGGAGCUGCAUCACUCUAUAAUGGAUCCCGACUGCAAGAACGCCAACCCUAGAAGCCCCUGGCGGUGUUUCUUUCCUCAGUUCAACCUCUUCUAUAUCUCCAGACCACUCUUUAUAGUCAACUCCGUGGCAGACUAUGCUGCGAUUGAAAUCGCUAAUCGCGGGCAGAACCAAUCCUCCACUACAAACAUCUUCAGCUGCCUCGAUAAGGUGUAUGACUCAGAGCCCACGAUUCCUGCUGACCUUACAAGAGCGAAGUCAAGGUGUACUCCUCAGGAAUUGGCCGCCAUUCAAGUGUAUUCGAAGCGGGUGCUUACACGCAUAAAUGCCGUGUUGCGGCAAAGGAAGCAGUUUGGUUCGUUCAUCAUGGGGUCGUUGGCACAUUGCACAACGAUAUACCCCUCAUGGUCCCUGAUAAGGCGGAAAAAGGAGUAUCUUAGAGAUGCUAUUGACCAGUGGUACAUGCAAUACUAACUAGUACCACACGGUGGGUGCUUGUAGGAAGAUCCACUGCAAGAGAACAAACGUGUACUUAGUGAUUGGUUAAACGCCCAUGGUGUUCAGAA